CUGGCCUUGUAGCCAUUUUAGGAGGAAAUCCGGAUCGCUACCCCGAGGCGCGGCUUCAAUUUCAAUAACUUUAUUGGGGGCCUUAUCCCGCAGAACAGCCAUUGCACCAGCGGUCCCGGGAGGAGGGAGCGCAUCGCGGGAGGUGGCUCCCGACUCGAGCCGCAAACAUGGGAAACACCACCAGCGACCGGGUGUCCGGGGAGCGCCACGGCACCAAGGCUGCGCGUGCCGAGGGUGCCGGCAGCCAUGCCUCGGGCAAGGAGCACAAGAUCAUGGUCGGGAGCACCGAUGACCCCAGCGUCUUCAGCCUGCAGGACUCCAAGCUCCCUGGGGACAAAGAGUUUGUAUCAUGGCAGCAAGAUCUGGAGGACGCUGUAAAGCCCACACAGCAGGCGCGGCCCACUGUCAUCCGCUGGUCUGAAGGAGGCAAGGAGGUCUUCAUCUCUGGGUCCUUCAACAAUUGGAGUACCAAGAUUCCACUGAUUAAGAGCCAUAAUGACUUUGUUGCCAUCCUGGACCUUCCUGAGGGAGAGCACCAGUAUAAGUUCUUCGUGGAUGGACAGUGGGUUCAUGAUCCAUCAGAGCCUGUGGUUACCAGUCAGCUUGGCACAAUUAAUAAUUUGAUCCAUGUCAAGAAAUCGGAUUUUGAGGUGUUUGAUGCUUUAAAGCUAGAUUCUAUGGAAAGCUCAGAGACAUCUUGCCGAGACCUUUCCAGCUCACCUCCAGGGCCUUAUGGUCAAGAAAUGUAUGUGUUUCGAUCUGAGGAGCGAUUCAAGUCCCCGCCCAUCCUUCCUCCUCACCUUCUCCAAGUUAUUCUUAACAAGGACACUAACAUUUCUUGUGACCCCGCCUUGCUCCCGGAGCCCAACCAUGUUAUGCUGAACCAUCUCUAUGCGUUGUCCAUUAAGAUAAAGAAACUAAGGCUCAGAGAAGGUCAAAUUGCCAGACAGUGUGAUGGUCCUUAGUGCUACUCAUCGCUAUAAGAAGAAGUAUGUCACUACGCUGCUGUACAAGCCCAUCUGAAGGGAUCCCUUCCUGCCUCCUGGGAUUCCAGAGGAGCCUCACCCUUACGUUUCUGGACUGAGCCAGUCUUAGCCUGAGACUGGAAGGCCGACUUGCUUUGAGGCUGAUGCGUGUGUUUCAGAGCCUCUGAGUAGGAUGCUCGGCUUUUGCAUUUGAUUGCAGAUGAGAGCUUUAUGAGUUCAUGGAAUUUAUUUUAAGAAAAAAAAAAAAAUCUGUGAGAAUAAGGUUAUUGGAAGCCUCCUAACCCCAGCUAGAUGUAUUCUUUCUGCCUGUGGGCACUCACCAAGAUCUGUUUGGGGGAACUGCAGGAAGGACCAUACAGGAAGCUUUUUUCCUAAAAUGAAUGAACUGCAAACUCUCAGGAUCCUUGCUAGGUGAAGAUUCUAUCCCUGCCACCUUGAUUCUCCAAGGGAUGGAUCAUGGCAGACUGCUGCCCUCCUCACAGCUGCCUCAUUGCAGAGGCAGCUUUUCUUGCAUGGGUUCUCUGUAUUCCCAGAGUACGUGGCACACUUUGUGUUUUUUUUUUAAUGACACCAGAUGCCCCUUAACAACCUCUCCUCUCAUUUCACAUUAUAGCUUUGAUACCCACCUUCAGAUCCCACGCCUAAUCCAUAUCUAACGUAAACCUCACUGGGUAAGUGUCCCCUUUGAAAGACUCUGUUGGACCUGACCCACCUCAGAGACUAGGGUUGCAGGAAGGUCUCCUUUUUAGCCUAGCAGAGGCCUAGGCCUCUUUAUUACUGCUUGUUUUAACUCCACUAAAGGAAAGAUGACUCCGCAUCAGGACAGACAGAAUGCAGAAGACCUCCUUCCUUGUUUUAAUUUGGUGCAACACACCUUACUGUGUUGGCACAUUUUUGUAGGUAUUCCCUCCUCGCCCAGGCCUGUGUAAUGUCUUUUUUUUUUGCCCUCAGAGCAGACAGUUCUGAAGUAAGGUAAAAACAGUACCAGGGAAAACCUCCAUGCUUUUCAUCCUUGGAAGAUUUUUAUGUGCCUACAUUUUUCUUUAAUUGAAAAAGAAAAAAAAAAAAAAAGCCUUUUCACUGGUCUUAAGAGAUUAUAUAGGAAAACUUCAGUCUCUUGUGACAUGAUUCCUAAGAUUUUUUGGUCUAGCCUGCUACAAUCUUAACGUAAGUAUGGCCAACCCCGUGCGUAAUGUUAAGCACUGCUCUAAGUACGCAAAUUUAUUCAGUUCCAUUUGAUGCACCUGAAGGAUUCCUUCAACAGGGAAUCAAAAGAUUGAUUAGGCCAAGAUGCAAAAAAGUAACCCUGGUGUUCCAAUCAUGAAAAGUAUGACUCUUUGCACUUAGCUCUAACAGGAUCAUUUUGUUCUUCUGCUCCCUCUUUUUAAGUGUUUGAGGAUGAAGUGGGAUCAAUGCUUUCCAUUUGUAGACUGAAAAGUAGCUGUUCAGUCCACUCCUGGGGUUCCAAGUAUCUGUGGCUCUUCAAUUUUACGAAUAAAUGCAAGGCAGACACCCAACCCUGAAGGAGGCCAGCUGUUGAUGAUUGAGAGACUCCCUGACUGCUAAGAUGAGCCCAGCCACACUGAGAGGGCACUCACAUGUCAGUUUAGCUACCUCCUGUCUUUCCCAUGCAACACUGGCAACACAGUUGUCUUAGGGGUAUGGAAAUCUCUUGGAUCCCAGGUGUGAGGCAGCAGGGUGUAAGGUUGUUGUUUUGCUGGGAAGGCAAAAUACUAAGUGCUUAGGUGGUUAAUUGCUGAGAGUAAAUAACUGCUUUACCACCCAAGGCGCCUUCUGCAGUAGAAAGCUUUUGUGGAGAGCCAUUUAUGGUCCCAACCACUUUUUGAACAGUGUGCCAUUUUUUAAAUCCAGGUCAAGUUCUAUUAUAACCAACUCUCAGGUUCUAUAUAGUCUUCAGUUACACUAGAAUUUUGUUUUCAUCCAGUACCCAUUAAAUAAGUGGCCAUUUAUGAGGAUUCAAAAUCUUCAUUAUGUGGAGGAUUUUGUUGCAUUCAUAUUUCAUGUAAACAGGGCUGAAAUAUAAUUGUCUAUGUGUUCAUGUAUUAAAAUUUUUACUCUACACAGGUGUAUCAGUAGAGUGGAGCGGGAAAAGAGAUCCCUUCAGUUUCUCAGGCCAGAGGCUUCUGUGAACUGGGUCUGGCUCCAGUGACUGUAGGUUUUGGUGCUGGUGUCCUCCAGAUCCUUCUAAUCUGGAAAUGGGCAGAGAGUGUCAGUUUCCUAAGUUCUGAGGUAGUCCCUCAGCCAGAUGUGAAAUGGGAGCCCACCAGCUGGUAUGGAAGGGGAUGGGUAAGAGGAACUGGGUAAUGUUUCACUUAGCACUGUCGCUUCUUUAUACUGAAAACACAUCCCAUGGCCCCCAGAAACCCUACCACAAUCCUGGUCUGUCCCCACAGAAACUGUUCUGGAGGGUAGAGAGGGAGGGAAGAAGGUGGCCCAGAGUACAACUCACUCAUUCUUUUCUGUGGGUUUGUUAAAGAGAAAGUUUUAUUUUAUGCAGAAGAGAGUUUGGUAGAUUUUGAAAAUGAGUAAAGGGAAUAAAGAUUU